GGAACACCGGCCCAGCCGGCCCAGACACAGGAACGCAGGGACUGUUGGACUGUGGGGUGGGAGGUCCCCGGGCCUGGCCGCGGGGAUGGAGGGCGCCCUGGUGGGGAGGGCCGGGGCCGAGCCCUUCCACGUCACCACGCCUCUGCUGGAGAGCUGGGCGCUGUCCCAGCUGGCGGGCACCGCCGUCUUCCUCAAGUGUGAGAACGUGCAGCCGGCUGGCUCCUUUAAGAUCCGGGGCAUCGGGCAUUUCUGCCAGGAGAUGGCCAAGAAGGGGUGCCAACACCUGGUCUGCUCCUCAGGGGGCAAUGCGGGCAUCGCCGCUGCCUACGCCGCUCAGAAGCUGGGCAUCCCCGCCACGGUGGUGCUCCCCGAGUCCUCCGCCCCGCAGGUGAUACAGAGGCUGCGGGGACAGGGCGCGGAGGUCCAGGUGACCGGAAAGGUGUGGGAUGAAGCCAACACCAGGGCACAGGAAUUGGCCAGGAGGGACGGCUGGGUGUACGUCUCCCCAUUUGACCACCCGCUGAUCUGGGAAGGCCAUGCCAGCCUGGUCCUGGAGCUGCAGGCGGCCCUGAAGACCCCGCCCGGCGCGCUGGUGCUGGCGGUGGGGGGCGGGGGGCUGCUGGCGGGGGUGGCGGCCGGCCUGCGGGCGGUGGGCUGGCAGCACGUGCCUAUCGUCGCCAUGGAGACACGCGGCGCCCACAGCCUCCACGCGGCCCUGGAGGCCGGCCAGCUGGUCACACUGCCCAGCAUAUCCAGUGUGGCCAAAAGCCUGGGCGCCAAGACGGUGAUGGCUCGGGCCCUGGAGUGUGCGCAGGAGUUCCAGGUCGUGUCCGAGGUGGUGGAGGAUGCAGAGGCCGUGAGCGCUGUGCAGAGAUUCCUGGAUGACGAGCGCAUGCUGGUGGAGCCGGCCUGCGGGGCGGCCCUGGCUGCCGUCUACUCGGGCCUGCUGGGGAAGCUGCAGGCCCAGGGCCGCCUGAGCCCCUCGCUGGCCUCUGUCGUGGUCAUCGUCUGCGGAGGCAACAGCAUCGACAGCGGGCAGCUGCAGGCGCUGAAAGCCCAGUUGGGCCUCAGUUGAAGGCCCCAGAGACCCCCGGGACACUCACAGCAGAGUCCCUGGUCCCGCGGAGGCCAGUGGGCAGCCCCGUGCUGGGGCCUCCCCCUACAGGAAGCCCUCCUGGAUUGCCCCUGCAGUGUGGCCAAUAAACCCUUCUGAGCCGU